AGAGAGAGAGAGACGGGGAGAGGGAGAGCUGCGCUUUAUUUUAGGGCAUUGAUCAGAGUCCCUCCUGUCCCCGAGGUACUCGGGCCUCAGUCCUAAGGGAGGCGUGGUGUGGGCGUGGUUUUAGCAGGGGUGGAAGGUUUUACACACAUUCACAUCCCACCCACCCACCCACGCGCGCGCUCACACACACACACACGCGCGCGCGCAGUGUCCGGAGCGCAGGACUCCCGACUGGCGCGCGCUGGGAUCGAGAUGAACUUUUCCAGGAGUUUGGAGUUCCGGUCGCUCAGCGCGGGACAGUAACGCCCUCACUCUCAAUACUGUUAGCGGCAUUCUAUUUUUUUCAAACAAGCACGAGCAUGAGGAGGAUGAGGAUGAAGAGGAUGAAGAAGGUGGUCUGCGCGCUCCUGGUUGUGUGUUUGUGCGCGAGCGCAGCUGCGCAGUACUCCAGUGACCAGUGCAGCUGGAGAGGGAGCGGUCUGACUCACGAGGCCCACGCCCGGGAUGUAGAGCAGGUGUACCUGCGCUGCUCUGAAGGUUCUCUCGAGUGGCUUUACCCCACCGGCGCCAUCAUUGUGAACCUGAGACCCAACACGUUUCCCGAAGCGGGGGCUGAAACCCGACUGAGCGCCUGCGUCAAGCCUCGAGCUGAUUCCCGUGGCGCCAGCGUGUUGGUGGAGCGAGCAGGAGUGAUGCGAAUGCUGCUGAGCGAGGAAGAGCAGGCGGCCGGCCGAGUGCGCUGCUUUAACCUGGACGAGGGGGCGCUGUUCGUUCAGGCUUCCCCACACUCAGACAUCAGCAAGAGGGUCACGGCGUUUCAGUACGAACUGAUCAGAGACAGAGCGACACCAGGAGACACGCUUUCACCCACAGAUCCAUGUACACCUUGCACUGAUGAUGAGAUUCUCAUGGCUGUCUGCACCAGUGACUUUGUGGUGAGAGGCAGCAUCGAGUCCAUCAUGGAUGACAGUGAUGAUGAGGCGCAGGUGUCCAUGCUGGUGUCGGUGAGUCGCCUGUAUCGUCAAAAGCGACGUGUUUUUGAGGGACGAGGGCACAACCGAUGGUCAGGACGUGUAAUGGUCCCACAGAGUUGCUCCAUCCAGGUGGGAUCAGAUUCAGGGGUGAGACAGUGGGAGUUUCUGUUCACGGGAGCUGUGAGGUUUGGUGAGGCGUGGCUGGGCUGCGCUCCUCAAUAUCAAGACUUUUUACGGAUGUACCAGGCUGCCGUGGAAUCAGGAAGUAACCCCUGCCAUAUGGAUAUGAACUGAGGACACAGACAGGAUCGUGUGUACAAUCAGUUUUGUGGUCAACUGAUCAAAGACCUACUCUAAGUUUAUGGUCUUUUGGUUCUGACAAAGAUGAAGCUGUUUUAUGGGGGGGUUGUAUAAACAGCUGCCAAGUCGGAGCCAAUGUGAUGGAUCUAAAACCGCAAAGCGUUUAUUAUUAGAGCUUUUCCGCUGCACAUUGUCUUACGGCACCGCUUGAUUCCACAUGUUGUGCCAUUCCCAGUAGUGUGCCAAGUGAGCUGUACCAUAACUAAAUACUCAUUUUCAGUUUCCUUCUACUUUCAGCAAGAUUUAAGUAUUGACCCCCUCACUGUCUCAUGAUCAAUACUUCACCCAGUGAGUAAGAUAGACUACAGCGCCACAAACAAAUCGGCUGAUUUUUUAAAAAAAUCAUUCCAUUUGUGAAUAUUAUGCAGUUUUAACUAGUCUUCACAUUCUUCAUCUGUCAUUUAAUAGCCAUGAGACGAUCAAUUAGAAGUUGCAGACAACUAUUUUCAGGAGAUACAGUGUAAAUUAGGCAAAAGAGGAACCAUAUACAACUAAACUGUACAGGACCCAUGAUGGAGCCCUGAGGUACACCGCAAGUGUAAUUUAGCUCUAAAAGUAUAUUUGUUUAUUAAACUUGCUCAGUAAUUUGCUAAUCAUGCUAAUCAUUUAACCAGAGUGGUUCACGGCAUGGAUAGUCCUUGGUUAGAGCUGUACCAUGCCACACUGUUCAAAGGAAAAGUGUGUGUAUGUGUUGGUGUGUGACCUCUUAUACAUGUGUAUACCUGGGCUGUCAUAACAAUACAUCCUGUACCGAUCCAACUAGGUCUGAGUUCACUAUCGAAAUGUUCUUAUUUUAUCAGUAAUGAAAAAUAAAUACAAUUGUGAAUCUCCUCCCAAAACAGCAUGCCCAUGUUGGCCAUGACUGAAAAAUGUAAUUUGUCUCAGUUUUAAACAAUAUAACCUUGAAUAAGGUUACUCAGAGCAUUGCGUGUUUAUAACUGAACGAGUAAACCGUUUCUGAUAGUGGACCGGACUGUUGGACCUGAAUGUCAUGUAUGAUGUUGCAUUUAAAAGCAGAUGAUGAGAAAUGCGAUGAUAUUUGAAGAGGUGUGCGAUUCCGAUGAUGUCAGUCCUGUUAUACAGUGAGAGGACUUUUGUUGCUGCUUUUGUUAGAAAGCUUUCUGUAUAGUUCAGUCGAUUCUUCUGACUGAGUCUUAAGUUCUUUAUUGUUUGUGCAUAUAGAGCUGUGUGUGUGUGUUUCUCUCAGGCAGUGUGAAUAAAACACUUUAAAAAAAUGAAAAGCGUGAAACAUGUAUCUACGGAAAAUGUACUACUCUCUGUCAUUGAGCAAAACUCUUGGCACCCAUAUAGAAAGUGCACUGUUAUGUCUAUAUGAAUAUU